UCAAGUCCCUGUUUGGGUGUAGGGUCUUCUUCUUUUUGGCGGCCUCAGCAUGCUAUCAUGUCGGUCCAUCUCUGCUGCUGACUAUCUACUAGAGUGGCGUUCCGCUGUGGACCUGUGCGUCUCCCUUGCUUGGCACACCUGAUUCUGAUGGUCAACUCGUUAGGAAAGAGCGCUCAUGAAGUGAACUGAGUGAGUAGAAUAAGACAGACCUACGAAAUGUGCAGUGCCGUGGUUUCCCAGGGCCAGCACUGAAAAACCCCAUUCCAUAUGAGGAGACGUGGCGGCCUGAUUUCAUCUGGUUCGGACAGCUGAUUUAUCUGCUUGCAGGGCUAGCUUGCAAUCUACGCUGGGUGACUGAGCUGGCUAGGUUGCAAGCAGGUCAGGCAGCAGUGUUGCACACAAACAGGGCAGAGUGUGUGACUUUUUUCUGUAGUCAUGGCCGUACCUUCCAGCGAUCGGACUGCUGAACACUUCCUAACACUUCCUAACACAUUUGAAUACUUCCGUACAAGUUCGCAACACUUCCUAACAAAGUCAGAACGAAAGUUCGAACACCUCCUAAAUUAAUCCGAACAGGUCCUAACGCAAAUCCGAAACUUUCGAACAGAUGGGGCAAAGGAGCCAAUCAAUUCCUACCAAGAGGAAAGAGCCAAUCAGCAAUCGAGUUGACAUGCCAAUCUCGCCGCUGAUUGGCUGAAUGAGUUUCGUGAUAUUCCAGCUGUUUGUAACUCACUGGACAUCUGUUAUCCGGAGAUUCAAGGUAAGCGUUAUCACAAUACAAAUCCGUGACAUCAGUGUUAACCUAUUUGUUCAAACAUUAAUUCAUGAUUUGGAAUAAAGAUUAUUCUGAUCGUUCUACGCUUGCGUAGCAAGGCAAGCUAAUUUAACGUGUCGCUAACUGAUGCUUGUUAAGCCUUCGAUUCAUAACAAGUUUUUAUUUUCUAUAUCUUUGCAAGAAUUUCAUUUCAUCAUUCAGUAUUCCAAGUAUUCAUUCCCUAUGUUAUUUCAGUCAUGGCUGAGUGAUUCUUUACUGAAUGUAUUUAAAUCUUUUACUAUUCCAGGUAUUCAUUAAAUAUCUAGUUUUUUCCCCUUUCUUACUUUAUAUACAAACACAGUUUUUAUAAUUAUACAUAAAAAGCUAUUUGCAAUUUUUUGUAAGUAGGAACAUAUUUACUGCAGAAAACUAUUAACCUGCCACAUAUUUCACCACUCAACAUGUCUGCUUUUGUAUACUUAAUGUGAGUCUUUAUAUAUAUGUGUGUGUGUGUGUGUGUGUGUGUGUGUGUAUAUGUAUGUAUGUAUGUAUGUAUAUAUAAAUAUAAAACUCCAAUAAACUCCUUUCUACUGUUGCUAUAUUAACACAUAUUUAACCUCAUUGAUUUGUUCCCCAAUAUUGUUCAGAUAUGACCAAAACAGGUAAAUCCUCUGCUUAUUGGAACGACAUCUGCCUCAGGUAUGCCCAGGGCACCUUCCAGUUCAGUACAGGAAAAAGGCCUGGAAGCAGAAAAUGGAAGGAGGUCCUGGAGCGGAUUGAUGCCUGUCCCCUGCAAAGGGGGAAUAAGGUGGACCUGUUUGGCAGGCACAUAGUGUGCACUUGUGGGUUCCAUAAGUCAACAGAUAAGGUCUUGAUUGAGUCAGGGCCUAAGGUAAAGGCAGGCGGCAGCUCAGAGGAGACAGGGACAUCACAGGAAGUACAUGGGGUGAAGUGUUCUCUGUGUAGUGUGGUUGUGGAGGCAGAGAAGUUCUCCGAGCACCUCUCUGACCACCACGUUGAAGAGAGGUGUGACAGCUGUGGGGUCAGGGUCCAGGGAACCGUCGGACUCCUCCAACACAUUGAGUCGAGCCAUUAUGGGGCUCUAUUGGCUCCACGUGUCAGCCCUUCAAAAAAUCACACACCAUCUCCGUGCCCCUCACCAUCUCCACGGCUGCCUCCACCUCCACAGCACUUGCCGUCUCCAAUGCCAGUACCAGUGUCUCCAUCCCCAGGGCCCACUCCAUUCCCACACCACUCUCCAGCUCCAAAACCCUCACCACCACCUCCACGGCGCUCUCCAUCUCCACAGUCCACUCCAUCCUCACAUCCAGUACCCUCACUGCAGCCUACACCAUCUCUGCCUCAGGCUAUUACUGACUGGGAGAGCUUUCUUCCCAGUCAGUUCAAGAGAGUCCUCCAGCCAGCAGAUUGGGUGUGGAUUGCCAAGUGCCUGUAUGAGCCCACAGGGCAGCUGAGGCAGAAGAUCCAGGUGAACUGGUUUUAUCCACCGAUGCAGCCCAAGCCAUGUCCUCCUGAGCCCGGGUGGUACUUCCGACAGAGGAUGUUCUUGUGGGCACCAAUGAGGAUGUGGGGCAUUCCUCUUAAAUGCCCACAGUGUGGCCGGAAGAUGCACCAUUCAGGAAUUUACCCAAAGGUCAGGGAGGUGAUUGACAUGGAUAGCCGCUAUUACCUUGUGGGUGGGGACUAUCCACGCUGCAGUGCAUGCAAGUUGCCAGUAUGCCCAUGGAGCCAGGACAUCCUUUCACAACUGGAUGUGGCACACAGGACCAUGUUUCCAGCGGUGCUGACCACUCAGCUAGCCCUGGACAGGAAAUGUGUGACUUUCCUCAGGCCAAGGACCAGUGGUAACAGUUCCUCCUACUUCCAGUCAGCAGUAGAGGAAGCCCACAGUGAGGAGUGGGCACGACGCACCAUCCAGUACCUCUCUGAUUGUGAGCAUCAUUUGAGAAAGGUUACCCUGGUCCAAUCUGCAACGGCACCUGCCUUUUCUGCACCCGCACCCUUCAGGCCACUUCCACUCGCCCAGUGGUUUGAGACUGUCCACUCCAACGAUAUCCUCAGCCAUUUGGACGAGAUGAAGGGGGUGAUUACCUCCACCUAUGGCCGAAUCCUGAAGAUGGAUUCUACAAAGAAGAUCACCAAAAAGCUGGCUGGUGGCAUUGGGGACACAGCUGCAUGGAUGACCAACAUUGGCAAUGAGCUCGGCCAGGUUCUGAACAGUGUUCUGACAACAGCUGAAGGCGCAGGACUGGAGGAGCUGUGCCAGGGCGUCGUCAAACGCUACCAGAAUGCUGGCGAGCCAGAGCCUGAGGUCAUCUAUGUUGACCGGGAUUGCUGCAGUCAGUCAGGUGCAUCUGCAGUGUUAAAACUUUUUCGGCCAUGGAAGUCUAUUGUAAGGCUAGAUAUCUUCCAUUUUAUGAGAAGAUUCAACUGUGGCCUUACUACAGAGCACCACCCUCUCUAUGGUACCUUUUGUUCAAAACUUUCCUCCUGUAUCUUUGAGUGGGAUCAGGAGGAUGUGAAAGUACUUAAGGCGGCCAAGAGAGGGGAGUGGAAGUGCAGCCAUGGUGGAAAGGCUCCCACUGAGGCACAGCUCAUGGCCAGCAUCAGCCCAGGUGAACUCGCGAAGCACUGUAGGCGGCGGACACGCAGGGCUGAGGAGAUCCGGGCCAUGAUUUCAGGGCUGCUGGAAUCAGUGUGGGAGCUAACUGACACUACAGGGUUUCGCCUGGUUAACCCUGACAGCAUGCACCAUGUCUGGGAGAUGCAACAAAAACACCUCGAGUGCAUCCAGGACCCUCCACAUGUAGAGUUGUACACAAAGACGGGGACACUCCAGAAGGGUGGCAAAGUCCUAAACGUGCUUAGGUGUGGCAGGGGGUCAUCCUCGCUGGAGAGUUUUCACCGCCACCAGUGUGCCUUCAUUCCUGGAUGGAGAUGCAAUGCCAUGCACACACAAAUGUACAUGUUAGAGGGGGCCUCGAGGUGGAACAUGAGCCGGGCAAAAGAAGCUGUAUCUGUGGUGGGGGCCUCAACCCUCAGGACAUUUGAUGUCUGCACAAUGUCUCAUUUAAACAGCAUGAGCCAACGGGUCCUUGGUCGGGCUUUGAUGCCAGAAUUUACCCCUCCAGGAAAACCCACUGGGGAGCGCAUUGCAGUGGAGUACUUGUUGGCCCAGUCCAAUAGAGGCGACCAGUUGAUUGCACACCACAAUGACAUGCCUGAAGUCCCCCCAGAGGAGCCCGAAGAGGAUAGUGAAAUUGACACGACUGUGUGCCAUGCAGCUGACCUUAGGGCUGAUGACUCUGACCCUCCAGUAGCUGUCGUGCAGGCCCAGGUGACAAGUCAGGUGGGUGACACUGAACCCAAAUCCCCAGAUGAGGAGGUCACUGAGGAAGAGGAGGAUGACACUGCAAGUCCUAGCACAUCAAGCCAGAGUACACAGUGUGAUUCCAGAGGUGUCUUGGGCUGGGAGGCAGUUGAUGCCCUGGCAGCCUACUUGGUUGGCCUAAACCGAACGAUCACUGCCUUGUCAUCACAAGAGGAGGCCAACAUAGUCCAGCUGUACAUGGCUCUGCAUGCCAUGGACAAGGUACCAUCAAAAUAUAGCCAGAGGGUUAAGAAGAAGGCUUUGACAGGACCUUGGAGAGCAUCCAGGAAGCAGAGUGGCUCUGCUCCAGGACAGCAGGCAGCAGAGAGAUUGUUCAUGACUCAUGGGCAGGCAGCUCAGGACCCUGAAGUCCACAGGGUCUGUGAAUGUGUUUGCCUAAGGCUUUUGAAAGAGUUUCAGCAAGCACGGAACAGGCCCAGGGACACACAAGGAAAAACUCUGCCAAUUCCACAAUCUAUUGUGGUGGUAUACAGCCACUUAAAACAGCUGAUGGAGGACAGCAGAGAGGUUCUAGGACAGACUAACCUAGUUCUGGUCCCGAUAAACACCACUACUGUCUCCUCGUGGCUACUAAGAAGACAGAAACGUGUAGACAGAGACAUGCUUCUGCAGGGUACUGCACUGCCCAAACAAGUAUAUUUGGCAAAGGAGGCUCUUCCUGAAGUGCGCGCACUUCCAGCUGUUCCUGCACAGCAUGGGCAUGAGGCCAUGGUAUUUCAGGAUUCAGCAAAUCAGGAGGGAGAGGCCUUCAUUCGUAAGCGUAUCUCCAACAGGUGCCCAAUGCCCACCCCUCCUCCUGGAUCUUACACUGCAUUUCCCAUAUACCCACCAGCACCACACUUUGCAUUCCCCCCUGGGUCCUACCCACCCUUUCCCAGCUACCAACCAGGUCUACCACUGCCUCAUUCUACCCAAUUCCAGCCGCCUCCCCAAUUCCAGCCGCCUCCCCAGUUCCAGCCACCUCCCCAAUUCCAGCCACCUCCCCAAUUCCAGCCCCCUCCCCAAUUCCAGCUGCUUAAUACCUUGCCAUCACAAACUUGUCCCUCUACUCAGCCCAGGCAGCGCACAUGGAGAAGGCAGAAAGCUGCCCAAGAGGAUGAGGAGCGAGUGGCUAGAGGUGAACCACCACGGAAACGACUAGCAAAGGAUAUAUAUCACUAUAUCUGCAAGCAGUGUGGGCUGGCAAAAAAUAAGACAACUGGCCACACUCAGCUGAAGGGCCGGUGGUAUUGUCCAGCCUCAGGCCUCUCUGUUGCACAGUGGAGGGAGAAUGUACAGGGAGUUCUUUGAUUUUUUUUUCAUUGGUGUAUAAUGUAUAUAGUUAGGUUUUUAUAUAGUUGCAUAUGGUUCUAUAUUGUUUUUAAUUGUGUUUGCUGUGAACAUUUUGUUUUUAGUUGCUGUUUCCAGUGUUUAAUUUGCAGUGUUUGUAAAAAAAAGAAAGACACAACUCUUGUGGUGUAAUAGUAACACAUCCACCCUUUGGGUGGAAGAUUCCAGGUGCAAGUCCUGGCAAGAGUGUGUGGUGUGUUUGUCAGAUUAUUAUUAUUA